ACACGGUGUGUAGUCCAGAUUGUAGCGCUGCGUGACGCCGCACAGGACACGCCCCCUCCGCUCCUCGCGGUCCGCUCCUCCAGAAGAUCCCAGCAGUCUGCACCAGCGCUCAUGUGAGGGAGCCGCCGCAAACUUUGGCUAACUUUCCUGUUCAAAGAGAGGCACAUAUCGACUGAUAAAGGCCAUGGAGGAGAGUAGAGAUGGAGGCGUUACUGAUUGGGAAGCUAUGGUGCCGGAGGGCCAGAAGGAGAGCGCCGAAAAAAGACCCGAGGCCAGGGAGAAAUGGGCCAAUAAGACCGAGUUCCUGCUGUCCAUGGCUGGAGAGAUCAUCGGCCUGGGGAACGUGUGGCGCUUCCCUUACCUGUGCUACAAAAAUGGAGGCGGUGUUUUCUUCAUCCCUUAUUUCAUCUUUCUCUUCUUUUGUGGAAUCCCGGUAUUUUUCCUUGAGACGGCAUUAGGUCAGUACACCAGCGAAGGGGGCAUCACUGCUUGGAGAAAAAUCUGCCCCGUGUUUGAAGGUGUAGGUGUUGCCUCCCAAGUUAUAGUGAUUUACCUCAAUAUAUAUUACAUUGUAGUCCUGGCCUGGGCUCUGUUUUAUCUAUUCAACUCUUUUUGGAGCACUCUACCUUGGACUUCCUGUGACAAUUAUUGGAACACAGCGAACUGCCACAACAUAAGUGCUACGUACACAGGUAUACACAGAUCUGACACUGACUGGUCUUUCCUCUACAAUGAAACAGAUAAAUUCGGUGACAACUACAGCAUGAGUUUUCAAAAUGAAUCCGAAUGGCCGCCUUUCAAACUGAUCUCCCCAGAACAAGAAUACUGGUUCCAUCGUAUGCUGCGGGUGGCGAACAGUGGUGGUCUUGGGAGUGUAAAUGCCGAUCUUGCCAUGUGUCUUCUUUUGGCUUGGGUCAUCUGUUAUUUCUGCAUCUUUAAAGGAGUCAAGACCACAGGCAAGGUUGUGUACUUCACUGCUACGUUCCCCUACUUAAUGCUGUUCAUCCUUUUUAUCAGAGGCGUUACUUUGCCAGGAGCCGCAACUGGAAUUACUUAUUAUCUGUAUCCUGAUAUCAGUAAACUCUCUAAUCCUGAUGUAUGGCGUGAUGCAGGCACUCAGGUGUUUUUCUCCUACGCUGUGUGUCAAGGAGUCCUGACAGCGCUGGGCAGUUAUAACAAAUACAACAAUGACUGCUACAAGGACUGCAUAGCACUUUGUAUUCUGAACAGCUCCACCAGCAUCUUUGCUGGAUUUGUUGUCUUUUCUAUUCUGGGGUUCAUGGCCCAUCAGUUAGGCGUACCCAUGGAAGACAUAGCAUCAUCAGGUCCUGGACUAGCUUUCAUAGCAUAUCCUAGAGCCCUCGGUCUGUUACCUGGACCCCAGUUCUGGUCCGUUCUUUUCUUUUUUAUGGUACUUCUUCUGGGCCUUGACAGCCAGUUUGUGUGCGUGGAGAGUUUAGCCACCGCUCUCACAGACCUAUUUCCUGGAGUUCUAAGGAAGCGGCGGGAACUUUUGGUGUUAGGAAUCGCCGUCAUCUGCUUCUUAUUGGGUUUGCCAUUCAUCACAAAGGGAGGCUUCUAUCUGUUUACUGUGAUGGACACCUAUGGCCCGAGUGGAACUAAUCUGCUCUUUAUUGCCUGCUUUGAGACGAUUGUUGUUGCGUGGGUUUAUGGUGCAAACCGUUUCUAUGACAACAUUGAGGAUAUGAUAGGAUACGCACCAUUUCCUGUGCUGAAGUACUGCUGGCUCUUCAUUACCCCUCUCAUCUGUGCUGCUACUCUGCUGUAUAACCUGCUGGGUAGUAAAUCUGUGUCUUCUGCUGAUCAGUUUGUGCCGGACUGGAGUUACAAAUUGGCACCUUUGCUCACAGUCAUUCCUAUGCUUUGCAUCCCAGUCUUCUUGUUUUUCUCUUUGGGAAGGGGUCGUGACCUCAUCACUCCCUCUAGCGACCUGAAACAGCUCCGACCAAACAGCCCACGCCUCACGCUGUUUAAUCGCGUAAUCAUUAAACCACAGAGAACUCAACACAUUCAGGAGGACGGAGAAGAGAAAGCAAGCAAAGAGCACACCAGUGGAGUUUGAGAAGGCAGAAUGAUGGCUAUAUAUUAUAGAGCAUAUAGGACUUUGUAUCAAAUAAAAUCUUUGGAUAAAAUCAGUUCAUCUAAAUAUAAAGUAUAGUAUAUUAGAUUUCUUGACAAUGCAUUUCAUGACAGUGUAUGAGACUGCUAUUACUCAGGAGGUCAAAUGAACAAAAGGUUCAGCUAGAAUUUUGACUGUGUUAAUAUGCAUAAUUAAAGGGAUUGUUCACCCAAAAAAAAUGUAAUAUAAGAUUUAUCUAAGAUUUAGGUGACUUCUCAGUAAAACAGUAAAUAACUAAAACUUUGGUCCUUGGUGAUUCAGAAAAUGCAAAUCACCCGUUUUUGAGAAUAAAAAGCAUAUCAAGGAACACAAAAUUAAUAUCCCUGGCUACUGCCAAAAACAGAAAUAUUAACAUUUUUUGGGAGAACUGUCCCUUUAAGAGUACUGAGUACUGGGAACUGUCCCUUUAAGAGUACUGAGUGUUUUUUAUGAGUCUUCUCAGGAGAAAUUAAACUGUUUGUAUGAGUUCAAACUAAGGGUUAGUGCAGCUGUAAUUGUAUAAUAUGAAAUUUAUAUGACUACUCUAUGAGAAAUAGAGUUCAUGUAUGGUGUAAAUUUGUCUCAUUUACUUUUGUCAUCUCUCUCACGGUAUGAAUACAGAUUGUUUUUUUUAAUUUCUCAAAAUUUAGUCAUUAUAUUUAGCAUUCUUCAGAACCUCGUAAUACUCAUAAUGUAUUUUUAACUAGACUUCUCUGUACCACUUUUAUUAAUGCCAUUGUAGUUUUUGAUACAUUUUAUUAAACAUACUGUUCUUUCUUUUUU